CCCGGACACAAGGGAGUGUAGGAAUUUCCGGUGACGUCACCGCGUCUCAAUAUCCAUAAUGGGUCUGCAGCUGUCUGGAGAGCAACAAUAACAAGAGAAGCUCAGCGAUAAAACGAGUUAUUGUCUCGUCUCUGACACCUUUGCUAGCCCCAACUUUACAUCAUUCUGUCACCAACACCCUCGGUGAAUUAACUCUGGCCUCCGCUUCCUCCGACUCGGAAACCGGCGGAGCGUCGCCGCUACCGCGAAAGAAAUACCGAGCUUCGGUGGCGGAGGGAGCAGGGGGGGCUUGGGGCUGCAAUUGGGUCAGCGGCCCUGUCUACAGUUGUGGGGAUUUGAACUUUUCCCAAUUCACCCGUUGCUCCUAUUAUUCGAUUCAAUCCGCACAGUGUAGCCCACAUCAACAUUAAUAACAUGCAGGCCAACGGGGCAGGACAGGGUCAAGAUUCGGAGCUGUCCUGCCUAAACAACAGUGCGCAAAACGGAGAGUCGUCCUCCGCCGGGGAAGCUCACACUAACGUUAAUGGACUAUCCACAACAAACAAUGGGAACUCUGUCAGUAACAACGACGGUAUCCCAGCCCCAGCAGCAUCCAACAACACCGUGUCUUCGGAUGCAAACUCCGUGAAAAAGAAGAAACGUCUUUCUCAGUCAGAGGAAGAUGUCAUUAGACUUAUAGGGCAACAUUUACACGAUUUAGGACUUAAUCAGACAGUGGACCUGUUGAUGCAGGAGUCUGGCUGCAGACUGGAGCAUCCCUCUGCCACGAAGUUCCGCAACCAUGUGGUGGAAGGAGAGUGGGACAAGGCUGAAAGUGACCUGAAUGAGCUAAAAGCAUUGAUGCAUUCUCCAAGUGCUAUUGUGCGGAUGAAGUUCCUGCUCCUACAGCAGAAGUACCUGGAGUGUCUGGAGGAUGCCAAGGUCCUGGAGGCGCUGCAGGUCCUGAGAGCUGAGCUCACUCCCCUCAAGUACAACACAGAGCGCAUCCACAUCCUGAGCGGGUACCUGAUGUGCAGCCAUGCAGAGGACCUGAGAGCAAAGGCAGAGUGGGAGGGCAAAGGCAUUGCCUCCCGCACUAAACUCCUGGACAAGUUACAGACGUACCUGCCUCCCUCUGUGAUGCUGCCUCCGCGCCGGCUGCAGACCCUGCUGAGGCAGGCUGUGGAGCUGCAGAGAGAGCGUUGCCUCUACCACAACACCAAACUGGACAGUGGCCUGGACUCUGUGUCCCUCCUCUUGGACCACGCCUGCAGCCGGAAACAGUUCCCUUGCUACACCCAGCAGAUCCUCACCGAACACUGCAAUGAAGUGUGGUUCUGCAAGUUCUCCAAUGACGGCACCAAACUGGCCACGGGAUCCAAAGACACCACAGUCAUCGUGUGGCAUGUCAACACAGAGAGUCACCAGUUGAAGCUGAUGAAGACUCUAGAGGGCCACGCCUAUGGUGUCUCAUACCUGGCUUGGAGCCCUGAUGACACUUACUUGAUUGCCUGUGGCCCAGAUGACUGCUCAGAGCUGUGGCUGUGGAACGUACAGACGGGUGAGUUGCGGACAAAAAUGAGCCAAUCACACGAGGACAGUCUGACCAGUGUGGCUUGGAAUCCAGACGGCAAACGCUUUGUCACCGGAGGCCAGAGGGGCCAAUUCUACCAGUGUGAUCUGGAUGGUAACCUGCUGGACUCGUGGGAAGGAGUAAGGGUUCAAUGCCUGUGGUGCCUGGGUGACGCUCGGACCGUCCUAGCAUCAGACACACACCAGCGUAUCCGUGGUUACAACUUUGAGGACCUUACGGACAGAAACAUAGUCCAGGAGGACCAUCCAAUCAUGUCUUUCACAGUUUCAAAGAACGGGAGGUUAGCUCUGCUGAAUGUGGCUACUCAGGGUGUGCACCUGUGGGACCUACAUGACCGGGUGCUGGUGAGGAAGUAUCAGGGUGUGACACAGGGCUUCUACACCAUCCACUCCUGCUUUGGAGGACACAACGAAGACUUCAUCGCCAGUGGGAGUGAGGAUCACAAAGUGUACAUCUGGCACAGGCGCAGUGAGCUGCCCAUCGCAGAGUUGACAGGUCAUUCACGUACAGUAAACUGUGUGAGCUGGAAUCCUGUAGUACCCGGUCUCCUGGCCAGCGCCUCAGACGACGGCACUGUCCGAAUCUGGGGGCCCGCCCCUUUCCUUGAUGUCCAGGACGCUGAGGGGCUAAACGAAUGUUGUAGCAUGGACAGCUGAUGGUGACCUUGGAGCAGAAGACACUACUUCUCGAAUUCAGGAGAAAAACACUAAACUCUAACGAGUGAAGCAGAGAAACUAUUGCGUUUUGACAGCUGCUUUCUGAAGGUUUGGCUCUGGGGCUGUGCUCCAGUGGCAGGUGAUAACGUCACACACACGGAGAUGUCAGACAAAUCACUUAAAUUAACUGAUUACCAAGCAGGCACCUUGACUGACCUCCCGCCUCUUCUUACCUGUGUGGCUCAGUGUCUGAUGUCUGUUGCACCUCCUGUGUUCAGCCAGGCCCCAUCCUCUUUCGUCUUGGAGCUAACCCCAGGUCUGCCACCUUUCACCUGCCUCGUCGAGAGUUUAUUAUUUAUUAUUGAUAGUAUUAUUUAUUGUCAUGAUUAGAACGUUGAUAUAUGGAGAGAGGGCUGUAGUGGUGGAGAGUGGUAUGGGUAUAUACAGUGCUGUGAAAAAGUAUUUUCCCCUUUAUAAUUCUCUACUUUUGCAUAUUUUUGAUACUAAAUGUUAUCAGAUCUUCAACCAAAACCGAAUAUUAGAUAAAGGGAACCUGAGUGAACAAAUAACACAACAAUGACACACUUAUUUCAUAAACAAAGUUAUGCAACACCCAAUUGCCCUGUGUGAAAAAGUAAUUGCACCCUUACACUCAGUAACUGGUUGUGCCAUCUUUAGCUACAAUGACUCCAACCAAAUGCCUCCUGUAGUUGUUGAUCAGUCUCUCAUGUCGCUGUGGAGGAAUUUUGGCCCACUCUUCCAUGCAGAACUGCUUUAACUCAGCGACAUUGUAGGUUUUCCAGCAUGAACUGCAUGUAUCAAGUCCUGCCACAACAUCUCAAUUGGGAUUAGGUCUGGACUUUUGACUAGGCCAUUCCAAAACUUAAAAUGUGUUGCUUUUUAGCCAUUUUCAUGUAGACUUGAUUGUGUGUUUUGGAUCAUGUCUUGCUGCAUGACCCGGCUGCGUUUCAGCUUCAGCUCACGGACGGAUACAAUUCUCUGAUACAGAGCAGAAUUCAUGGUUUGUUCUAUUAAGGCAAGUCACCCAGGUCCUGAGGCAGCAAAGCAUCCCCAAACUAUCCCACUUACCACCAUCAUACUUAAGGUUUUCUAUUGUGGAAUGCAGUGUUUGGUUUUCGCCAGGCGUAAUGGUACACAUCUCAUUAUAAAAGUUAUACUUUUGAAUCAUCUGUCCAUAGAACAUUCUUCCAAGAGUCUUAAUGGAAGUCCAUGUGCAUUUUGGCAAACUUGAGUCUUUGUGAAUAAGGGUCCCAUUAUGUCUAACGAAAACAAAACACUGCAUUCCACAGUAAAAAACUCAUAGCAACGGUCAAGCAUGGUGCUGGUAGUGGGAUGGUUUGGUGAUGCUUUGCUGCCUUAGGAACUGGAUGACUUGCCUUAAUAGAAGGAACCAUGAAUUCUGAUCUGUAUCAGAGAAUUCUACAGGAGAAUAUCGGGCCAUCAGUCUGUGAGCUGAAGCGCAGCUGAGGGGUGGUGACCUGUCAACUCUGCGAUGGGCUGGGUCAUGCAGCAAGACAAUGAUCCAAAACAUCCAAUCAAGUCUACAUGAAAAUGGUUCAAAAGUAACAAAUGUUAUGUUUUGGAAUGGAUUAGUCAAAGUCCAGACCUAAUCCCAAUUGAGAUGUUGUGGCAGGACUUGACAAAGGCAGUUCAUGCUUGAAAAUCCCAAAAUAUCGCUAAAGCAUAUCGUUAAAGCAGUUCUGCAUGCAAGAGUGGGUGAAAAUUCCUCCACAGCGAUGUGAGACACUAAUCAACAACUAGAGGAAGCAUUAGGUUGCAUUCAUUGCAGCUAAAGUUGGCACAACCAGUUAUGGAGUGCAAGGGGGCAAUUCGUUUUUCACACAGGGUAAUUGGGUGUUGUAUAACUUUGUUAAUAAUUAUUUAAAUAAAUUUGGGUUCCCUUUAUCUAAUACUGGGUUUUGAUUGAAAAUCUGAUAACAUUCAGUAUCAAAAAUAUGCCAAAAUCAGGAAGGGGGCAAAUACUUUUCACGGCACUGUAUAUCUAUGUUGUUCUUCCAACGGGAAAGUGAUUUUUAUUGGUUUAUUUAUUGCCUCUAAUAAACCUCUCAACGUAUAAGAGAUUGGGGUUUUCACAUGCUGAAAAUAAUGACGUAUUUUAUUUCACCUCAAACUUUUAGCUAAUUUUAAAUGACAGGACUUACAGGCAUUUUAACUGAAUUGGAUAUACAAUCCACAAAUCUAAGUGAAUCUUGGAGAUGCUUGUAUGGUUAUGGUGAUUAUGUUUGUUUAGUGUUUUUUAACACAGUUAAAUACCCUUUUAAAUUUGAUGUAGUUUUGUUUCCCCAAAGGAUGGGAUGGUGAGAUUGAUGUGCAUGUUGCUUAGGCCUCACUGCUGCCAGAAGAAACCAUUUUGACCACCUGUGGUUCAGCUAAAUAGCAUUUGAUUAUAUGGUGGCUAUGCUCUUACUCUUCAGAGUCCAUGCUAGACCUAGUGAAGCACAUGCUGAGGCUAACUUUCUAAUGGGAAUGUUUAGGAGGUUAUAAACUGAGCAAAAAAAGAAACGUCUCACUGUUAACUGCGCUUAUUUUCAGCAAACUUAAAAUGUGUAAAUAUAUGUAUGAACAUAACAAGAUUCAACAACUGAGACAUAAACUGAACAAGUUCCACAGACAUGUGACUAACAGAAAUGGAAUAAUGUGUCCCUGAUCAAAGGGGGGGUCAAAAGUAGCAGUCAGUAUCUGGUGUGGCUAGCAGCUGCAAUAAGUACUACAGUCCCAUCUCCUCAUGGACUGCACCAGAUUUGCCAGUACUUGCUGUGAGAUGGUACCCCACUCUUCCACCAAGGCACCUGCAAGUUCCCGGACAUUUCUGGGGAGAAUGGCCCUAGCCCUCACCCUCCGA